AGAAGCGGUUGGGGGAGCCGCUUCCGCUUCCGGCUUCCGCCUCCUGUGCCCUUGCUGCCGGCGGGAGGUGACGGGACCAGGAGGCGAGAUGUGGCGAAACCUGCUGGCCCUUCGCCAGAUUUCCCAGAGGACCAUAAGCACUGCUUCACGCAGGCAAAUUGAAAAUAGAGUUCCUGAGAAGCAGAAGCUUUUUCAGGAGGAUAAUGGCAUUCCAGUGCAUCUUAAAGGUGGGGUAAUGGAUUCUCUGUUGUAUAAAGUCACCAUGGGUAUUGCAGUUCUUGGAACGGGCUAUGCUCUUUAUGAGCUGACUGUAGCAUCAAUGCCCAAGAAACAGAAGUGAUUCCAGCUCAAGAUGCCUUGGUGGCUAGCAUCUCUUCGUCCAAUUCCAGUGACUAUGGUCAUGGCUUAUAUUUGUUAUAAGCAGCUGACGUAAUGUUUGGAAUCGCUAUUUAAUUGUAACAUGUUUACUGCAGUUAAUAAAGCAAUUUUUACAUUG